UCUUCUCUUGUAGCAGACGGAGGGGCGGAAACGGCACGUUUGGCUGUAGUCAAGCUAGCGGCUCUGCGUUUUGACAACAAAUCAACACAAACAGCCACGUUAUCACUGUAGAAUUGCGACACAGAGGCGGCCGAGUUGUUUUUAUUUCGGUCCGGGUGGAAGUUUUUAAUAAACAUUUAAACUGUAAGUCAUCGGAACCUGCUGGUCCCCAGGUCUACCUGAUGAGUAUGAGCCUGACUACAGAGCCCUCUAACGAUGGUCCCACUGUUACAGAAGAGAACAAAAUGACUGCAGUCGAGAAGAAGGACAAGAAGCCAGAUGAUGUGCCAGAGGAAGAGGAGGAAGAGGAAGAGUACGUGGUGGAAAAGGUCCUGAAUCGGCGAGUGGUGAAAGGCAGAGUAGAGUACCUCCUCAAGUGGAAAGGCUUCUCUGAUGAAGACAACACAUGGGAGCCUGAGGACAACUUGGAUUGUCCAGAUUUGAUUGCAGAAUUCCUGCAGUCCCAGAAAACAGCGAACGACGGAAAGAGGAAGGCAGCUGGAGAUGCAGAAGGAGAUGAAAGUAAAUCAAAGAAGAAAAAAGAUGAUACAGAGAAGCUAAGGGGCUUCGCUCGAGGUCUGGAUCCAGAAAGGAUUAUUGGUGCCACAGAUUCCACAGGAGAGCUCAUGUUCCUCAUGAAAUGGAAAAAUUCCGAUGAAGCCGACCUGGUGCCGGCCAAAGAGGCCAACGUGAAGUGUCCGCAGGUGGUCAUCUCCUUCUACGAAGAGAGACUCACCUGGCACUCGUAUCCGUCAGAGGAGGAGAAAAAGGACGACAAAAACUAAUGGCAGGGGAAAGGGGAAAGGAAACUGUAGUUUUGAAUUUCAUUGUACUUUCAGCGGGGGUUUUGGCAGCGGGAGGGCAGGAAGGGGGGCCGAGACAAGCAAGACACCAUCAGACUCAUUCGUCUUUUAGUGUACUAUCACUCAACUGAUUCUACUUUUAUCUGGAUAUAAACUAAAUGUAUAUAUGCUUCAGGUUCGCUCCAAUGAAAUGUAAAACGGCGCAGUGUUAAUUUUCAGUAUCCACUCCGCCCUCAGUAUCAUUUCACAGCUCGGUCAGUGCUCGGUCAUCUUGCUAUGACAUCGUAUCAGUGAGGUGAUGUUUUUAUUUCUUUAGUGUGCCAUUUUUAAAAGAAGGGGAAAAAAAGGAAACCUUGGUGCUUUCAAAGGCAAAACUGUACAUUAUUAGCCGUUUCAAUCAUGCCUGUUUGGUGUACGGAUACGAACCCGUUUCUGUGCUUAAUUUGUCCACUAGUAAUCUUUGUAGUGUUUUUCAUUACGUCUUGCUUGCCGGUUUUGGAGAAUAAACCACUUUUUGUUACA